AUGCGCAUCAUAGAGGACUACCUCUGGUACCGCCUCCUCAUUUAUGGCACUACAGAAGGCUCCAGGACGAUGGAUAUGUUGAAAUCAAAGGUCAAGGCCUCAACAUUCCCUGACCACGACAACUGUUCCGAAGCAGGUGGAGAGCAGGAAUAUCCUGUAGAGCAAAUUAAAAAAAAAAGGAUUGUCAAAGGCAAAAAUCAAUAUUUUAUUAAAUGGAAAGGUUAUCCAGACAGUGAAAACUCGUGGGAACCGACUGAGAACCUUCAUUGCCCUGGCCUUAUCAAACAAUUUGAAGAGAACUUAAAAAAGAAGAAGGAUGAGAAACCCUCUGUUUCUGAGGCAUCGAAGAACAAAUCGAUGAUACCAUAUACGUCCUCAAAACCAGCCAGCAAAAGGGACAGGAAAGACGAUAAGGACAAAGAUAUGCCCAAACCUUCAAAACAGAAAAAGGUGGAAAAUGAGGCUGAAGCACCGAAGGGUUUUGAUAAGAAGCUAAUCCCAGAGAAAAUAAUAGAUGCAGACAAAUCCAACGGAGAGCUAGUGUUUUGGAUGAAGUGGAAAGGCACAAAAAAGAUUAGUGUGGUGCCUGCCAAAGAGGCAAACUUAAAGUUUCCCCAAAACGUGAUCAAGUUCUACGAAGAACGGCUGGAUUGGAUCCCCCCUCUGAAGGAACCUUAUACUCAUAGGUCUCUUCCUUGUGCCAUGGACGAGGAGGGGCUCACAAAUCUACCAAACAACAAGAAAACCCCUGGAGGAAGAAUCAAGAACAACACGACAUUUGAGAGAAACCAGCUGUAUUAA